AAUAAAACACGUGAAUGGGAAGGAGGGAAAUGAAAACAUCGCAAUCGAACACACUUGUUGCAUGUGAUUUUUAAUAAAGAGAUGUAAUAGAACAACUGAAAUACUAGAAUUCCUUCUUUGUUUUUCCAUAUUUGAUUGGUUGCUCCUUGUUUUAAACAGCAUCUGACACAUGGAUUUCUACAGAUGAAAUUUGAUGUUUCAAGAUGAGUGGACACCUCGGGGAUUUGAGUCCUAGCCAGGAACAAGCUCUGGAAGAGCUUCGAGAAAUUUUCAAAGAUGAAUUACUACCGCAACAGGAUGAUCACUUGCUACUGCAAUUUUUGAGAGCAAAGAAAUUUGAUUUGAAGAAAACAGAAGAAAUGUUUAGUAGGCAUCUAGAAUUUCGUAAAGAAUUCCCUGAAGAAUAUUAUGCUAAAGAAUACCAGCUUCCAAAGAAUAUUGCCGUAAGUUCCACACAUUGUCCAUUGUUAAAAUAUCUUACAUCGACUAAUCCUUCCAAUUGGUAUGAAACUGACGAAGUAACCUCUUACUGAAAUGAUCUCUGAAAUACAGAUUUUACGAGAUUUCUUGAUGCCUCCGGUGUUGGGAUAUGACAAAGAUGGAUGUCCCGUUAGAUUGGUUCAGGUUGGAUACCAAGAUAUAAAAGGGGCAUUAUGCUGCGUUCGCCCUUCGGAAUUACCAAAGUACAUCGUAUGGUUUCUGGACACGGAUAAAGAAGAGAUGAGGAAACGGAGCAGAGAGACUGGAAUUCACAUUGAUAAACGAACUUUCAUAAUCGAUUUAGACGGUCUGAAUCUCAUGCAUAUUUAUAGAAGAGAUGUGUACGAAAUGGCUCUCGCAUCUUUAAAACUGUACGAGAAUAACUAUCCUGAAAAUCUCAAGGUAGCUUUUAUCAUUAACACUCCAUCUUUUUUCCAUUACCUGUUCAAUAUGUUUAAACCUUUGCUUUCUGAAAGCACGUGCGAAAGGGUGAAAAUAUAUGGAAACAGUGGGUGGAAAGAAGCCAUCCUAGAGCAUAUCGAUGCUGACCUCUUGCCUGUGGUCUACGGUGGUACUCGGACAGAUCCUGAUGGAGACCCUAACUGCCCAUCACUGGUGAAAAUAUUAAAUCCUAUCCCAACGGAAUUAUACCUUAAGAACAUGAAUACUUUGAGUGAAGAUGAUGAAAACGUCCGUAAAAUCACCGUUCAUAGUCGAUCCAAAUGCAGCAUUCAUCUGAAAGUCGAUGUUCCAGGCUCUACAGUGGGAUGGGAAGUGGAAUGCGAGAAAAAUGAUAUUAAAAUAUAUCUUGUACAUACCGAAGGCUCAAAGUACGAGGUGGUGGUAACACCAGUAACGGUCUACAGCGAUUUUGGUUCCGAGGCUGGGUGCUAUCUAGCCGAAAAUACGGGAAUAUGAGUGGUACGAAGAAAAUUUUAUAUGAUAUCAUUAAAUACUGUGAUCAAGAAGCAGAAAACGGGGAAUUAUUUCGAAACGAGCCAGUCAAAUUGCUGACGUUUCUAUUAGCACCGACUUCAUACCGAUAGACAAAACAUCCGACGAGAAGCAAGAGAUGAACUUCAUCAAACUUUUGUUUCACCUAGAAAAAAAAGUGAAAAGGGAUGUUCAUGAAAAACAUAAAUUGACGAAUUCGAGACGCAACUGUGCAGUGCACAAGCACUGGCCAACGCAACUUGAAAAAUGUGUUUGCUGCCCGUUGCAUAGAAUGAAUAGCAAAUCAAAUACGUUCAAAAUUAAUUUUUACAUAAUAAUAUGAAUUCUUAAAACCAUUUUUCUUAAUUUAAAAACCGGUUUUCGAAUGUGACAAAUUUACUUUAAAAAACCGGUUUUUUAAAACC